GCUCCGCUUUCAUUCAGCCGAGGCAAGACACAACAUUCACGUGAUUAGUGCUCGGGGGUGCCAUAGAAACCAGUACAUUCACGCAUGGUUGUCGAAGAAUAGUCCCAAUUGUACAAUGACAAGCGUAACGGCACCGCCGACUGGCAAGAGAAGCACGUGCAGCCCCAACACAAUAACCAGACUGCAAGAGAAGCAGCAGCUCCGAAAUCUCAACGACCGGCUGGCCGUGUACAUUGAAAGAGUCCGAAAUGUGGAGUGCGAAAAAGACACCCUCAAUGUGAAAAUAUUUGAGGAGGAAGCGGUGAGAAGCCGGGAGUUAUGUGGGCUGAAAGCCUUGUAUGACGGCGAGCUUGCCGAUGCCAGAAGGUGUUUGGACGAGUCCUCCAAAGAUCGGGCCUGGCUGCAAAUUGAGCUGGGGAAACUCAAAUGCGACUAUGAGCAACUUUUACACGGCUACCAUACAAAGGACUCGGAGGCAGCAGAAGGUCACACCCAGUUGAAGGACUUGGAAGCUAAGCUCAAUGCAAAAGAUUCCAUGCUCGCUACAUCCUUGUCUGAAAAGACCAUCUUGGAGGCCACCGUUGUCGACCUGCAAGAACAAAUCCACAAGUUGAAUUCUGGUCUUGCUCAAACCAAGAAGCACCUUGCUGAUGAGAUGCUCCUGCGUGUGGAUGUAGAAAACCGCCACCAGAGUCUGACAGAGGAGAUGGACUUUCGUAAGACCAUACACCAGGAGGAAGUGAAGGAAGUACGGCAGCGGUAUGAGACACGUCUGGUGGAGGUGGACUCUGGGCGUAAGGAGGAGUAUGAGUCUAAACUGAGUCAGGCCCUUGGAGACAUGAGGAUUCAGAAUGAGGAGCAGAUGAAGAUCUACAAAGACAGCAUUGAGAGCACUUACAUCGCCAAAAUGGAUAACGUGCGUCGCUUGUCUGAAAUGAAUGGAGCGUCAGCCAGCAUUGCCCGAGAGGAGCUGAGAGAGUCAACCUUAAGGAUUGAGAGCCUCACCGUCCAACUGGAAGAACUACAAAAAGAGAGUCGCGGUUGGCAGGAUCGCAUAGCAGACCUGGAGGCGGCACUCGCUCGGGAGAAAGACACAAGCCGCAAACUACUCGCCGAAAAAGACCAUGAAGUGGCUGAGAUUCAGGCAAAGAUGCUGCAACAGUUGAAUGAAUAUGAACAGUUGCUGGAUGUUAAAUUUGCUCUUGACAUGGAGAUCAAUGCAUACCGCAAACUUCUGGAGGGAGAAGAAGAAAGAUUGAAACUGCAUCCCAGCCCUUCUUCGCGUGUCACCGUGUCUCGAGUCUCAUCCAGCAGCCGUAGUGUUCGGACUACGCAGGGGAAAAGGAAGCGUGUUGAUGUUGAGGAACAGGAAGCUAGCAGCUCAGUGUCCAUUGCUCAUUCCUCCUCAGCCACAGGAUCCGUAGUUAUCGAUGAGAUCGACACUGAUGGCAAAUUCAUAAGCCUCCACAACACUGGUGAUGAGGACCAGGCCAUGGUGGGCUGUGAAUUAAUUAAAACUAUUGGAAGUGUGACGGCCACUUUCGAAUUCGCACCCGAAUAUGUCAUCAAAGCCGGACAAAAAGUCACGCUUUGGGCAUCUGAUGCUGGCAUGAGCUGCAAACCCCCCACUGAACUGAUUUGGAAAAACCAGUCCUCCUGGAGCUUUGGGGAAGAUGUCCGUGUGGUUUUGAUCAACUGUCAGGGAGAGGAGGUGGCAAAGAGAAACACUACUUACAAAACAGCCGAUGAAGGCGAUGCUGAAGAUGAUGCUGAUUACGGAGAGGAGACGAUCCAGGAUGACCCCCACCAGCAGCAAGAUGACCCUCGCAGUCCCCAGAGAGUCCCCAGAGACCCUCGCAGUCCCCAGAGAGGCUGUGCCGUCAUGUGAUCCCACCCAAGCGACCAGUCAUCAACUGAGCCGCCAGUCUGCUGCCAACUGUUAUUUUUUAAAAAACAAAAAGCUUUUUCAGUACUAUUUGGAUUUUACUUGGCAUUUUGCUUUAAGUGCAACAUUUUUUCUUUAUUAAGAUGCAUUUCUUCUUGAAACCAAAAUACAUUUGUAGAUUGAAACAUCCCCCCCCCCCCCCCUUUUCUGGGGGCGGGGGGAUUCUAUUUCCUGUAUCUUCCGGAGAUUUUCUUGUGUGGAAUUGUUUUGUGUUUUUGUUUUUCAUGAAGGCUUUAUACCCUCUAGUUUCAAAUCAGGGACUUAUGUUAUUUUUAUUUAUCUCUUUAUGUAUUUUAGGAGAAUGUAUGAACAAUUUACGUCAAGAGCACAACUUGAGUACAAUGUUGAAAUGACUGUGAGCCGAGACCAUAAGAAUCUUAAAUAUCCCCGAUAAGGACUUUUGACUCAAUGUCACCUGGAGAAACCAUGAUGGCAUUUUAUCGAGGCAAAAUACAGUUAAAAUGUUUUAGUUAAUCAUGUACUUUAAAACCCUCGUGUGCGCUAUGUGUGCCUAAAUGUUAACUUAUUCUGCAAGAUACAGCUUUGGGUUUUAUUCGUAUCGAAAAUGUGAGUUUGUUGGGACUGAUCUUUGAUGGAAGUGCACAACAGUUGUGUUCUUCUCCAUUAACACGGCGUCAUUGAAGUACUCCUUGGUACGGUCUUAACAGUGUGCUAUGGCAGUAAUUUGCCAUCGUUGAAUGAAACAUUUUGCUGUUAUUUUUGACCGAAGUUCAAAAGCAUUGAAUUGCUGUGCGUUCCCAUAUAGCGUGAAAAGAGGUGUCGAGCGUAUUUUUCCGUGCGUUGCGCGCGUACAUAAGAAGAGAAGGCCCAUUUUAAUGCGUAGUGUACUGAGUGAAGUGUGUUCUGUGGAGCACUUUAUAUUGUAUAAGCUGUAAAUUUGUGUUUGUUGUCAUUCUAAACGGCGCAUAUCUGCGGCCAGGGAUUCAGGUCAGCAGACAAAGGGAGGUCUACUUCCCAUUUUGUGAUUAAUUUUGUACGUUAAUUUAUAGACAUUUGAGAGUCAGUCCCCCAACCCCCACCCCGAUGUGGCGACCAUGUUGGGAAGGCCGUCGUCGUUUUGCGCGACUCGUGUUUACGUGAAGGCGAAGACAAUCAAUAGCGUUCGUGUUGUAUUUGUCUGGCACUGCCCAAAUGUGGAUAUUUCAGCUCACUUCUAACUUGAGAAAACACCUUCCAGUAAAUUACAGCUGUUUUGGCUGUGUAUAUUACACAUUAGCUCGAUUUUGUCAACCCGUAAAACACGCAUCUCUUGGAGUGCGUGCGACUCCGGCUCACACUGUACGCACACACACGUCGCAAUAUCAGAAUGUGCACAUUCGCUUUCUAUUUUGUUAUUUUUAUUUUAUUGAUGUUCAUGCAGCGGCUCGGUGGCCAACUGGUUAGCACAUCUGCCUCACAGUUCUGAGGACCCGGGGUUCAAAUCCCGGCCCCGCCUGUGUGGAGUUUGCAUGCUCUCCCCGUGCCUGCGCGGGUUUUCUCCAGGUACUCCGGUUUCCAAACCACACCCCAAAAACAUGCGGGAUAGGUUAAUUGAAGACUCUUAAGUGAGGAUAGUGAUAAAAAUCAGAAGUUACCAUUUACUCAGUACUUGAGUAGUUUAUACACUGUGUAGUUUUUAGGGGGGGGGGUUUGUAUUUUGUUUUUUUUGGAGGACUACUUUUUACUUUUAUUUGAGUAACAUUAUUGUCAAGUAACAGUACUCUUACUUGAGUACAAUAUUUGGCUACUCUACCCACCUCUGGUCUUCAUCUAGUAUAGCCUCCCAACAUGACCUCUGCCACGACUGACACAAUCAUUCUUCAUUUGAAAUGCUUUUCCAGGCCUUUACUGCAGCCUCUUUCAGUUCUUGUUUGUUUCUGGGGGUUUCUCCCUUCAGUCUCGUCUUCAGGAGGUAAAAUGCAUGCUCUAUUUGGUUUAGGUCCAGUGACUGACUUGGCCAGUCUAAGACCUUCCACUUUUCCCCCUCGAUGACAGGAAAAGGGAUCCACACUAACCGGGAGAAGCUUCAUCAGGCAACAAGGCAAUGACCCAAAACCCACAGUCAACACAACAAUGGACUUCAUCAGGGGAAAAGGUGGAAGGUC